UACACUGGGGGUUUUCACUUGGUGCAGUUCAAUGCUGCCAAAAAGGGCAGACUGCUACACCAGAAACAUAUUUUAUUAAUAUUAAAAUGUGUGUAAUUUGUUAAAUAAUAAUAAUUAUCAACAUAGACACUAAUAAUAAAAAAAAUUUUCAUAAAUAAACAGUGCGCGUAUAUUUAAAUUUAAAUUUUAAAAAUAUUUAAAAUAUUCAGCAAUUAAACAAAGAAAAAAAAACAUAUUAUUAUAAUGUCUAGUACACUAGAGAAUAAAAUAUUAAAUUUACAAGAACGUUUGCGAGCUGAAACAGAAUCUCGGGAUCGUGAUCGACGAGUCAAUAGCGAUGUGCCACCAGGUUCAGGAAUCCAACCCUCGUCCUCAGCACCAACAUCUUCAUCAGUUGUCCGAAGACCACGACAACUUGGAGAUAUGGGAACACCAACACGGUCAAGAAAACAAUUGGAUUUGCCGAUACAAAUGGUACCACCAAAGACAUGUGACAGCGAAGUUGACUCAAAGUUGCAGGAGAUAAUGAAAAUGAAUGGUAUACUUACGAUAAAUGGACUUAAAUAUCAAACAGAAAUGAAAGAUUUGGAGCAUUUGGGUGAACUGGGUAAUGGUACGUGUGGGCAUGUUGUUAAAAUGAAACAUAAACCUAGUGGUGUUGUUAUUGCGGUUAAACAAAUGCGGCGAUCUGGUAAUACUGAGGAAAAUAAACGUAUUAUUAUGGAUCUUGAUGUAGUACUCAAGUCGCACGACUGCCCUUACAUUGUACAGUGUCUAGGAUGUUUUAUUACUGAAUCAGAUGUAUGGAUAUGUAUGGAGUUGAUGGCAACUUGUCUUGAUAAAUUGUUGAAAAAAUGUAGACAACCGAUACCAGAAGAUUUUUUAGGCAAAGUUACUGUUGCAACUGUUAAAGCAUUGUCGUACCUGAAAGAAUCACAUGGAGUUAUUCAUAGAGAUGUUAAGCCUAGUAAUAUUCUACUUGAUGAAACGGGUGGUGUUAAAUUAUGCGAUUUUGGUAUUUCUGGACGUUUAGUUGACAGUAAAGCUAAAACUAGAAGUGCAGGAUGUGCUGCAUAUAUGGCGCCGGAAAGAAUAGACCCACCGGAUCCAACGAAACCGGACUAUGAUAUAAGAGCAGAUGUUUGGAGUCUGGGUAUAACACUAGUGGAAUUAGCUACUGGAGUUUUUCCGUAUCGAGAUUGCAAGACUGAUUUUGAAGUUUUGAGUAGGGUGGUACAAGAAGAUCCACCAGCUCUUCCUUCAGGCACUCAUUUUUCAAAAGAAUUUCGUUCUUUUGUCACAUGCUGCCUAACUAAAAAUUACAAACAACGGCCUAAAUAUAAUAAACUUAUAGAACAUUCAUUUAUUAAAAAAUACGACAGUCAAGAAAAUAAUGCUAAUCCAUCGUUGCCUACGUCUGGAUGCCAAUGGCUUGGUAGAGUUAUGAAACAACUCGAACCUAGAUUGGGGGAAAAUGAUACUCAGCAACGAGUAACAGGACACAUUUCUCUUAAGCAAACAGCAAAUUUGCGUAACAAUCAAUCCGAGAAACAAAAUCAUUUAAAAAAUAAUCCAACAACAGGAACAGUAACCAAAGAGCCGCUAAAUCCAAAUAGUACAUUUUCAUCAUUUUAUCAUCGGCUAACGAGUGCUGAAAAUGGAAUAUCAACAUAUGUACCAUACAGUCCAUACACAUGGAGACGUAAAGAAAUAACGAGGCCUUUCUCACCACCAACGAAUAAAACUAAUGAACAAGAUUCUGUUACAACAAGUACAUUGACAACGACUGCGAUUGGAGUUACAACGGCAACAAGAUCUUAUUCACCUUAUCGUCAAUACAUUGAACAAAAUCGUAGAUCAACAAAUGGCUCGAGUGUGUGUAAAGUAGAUAUUAAUUCAUUGGAUAAGUCUUCUUAUCAUAAUAACAGAUUCGAGGAACGUGAUAGCAGUACAGAUCGAUGGCAAAGUGUCUCGCGGUCUCUCAGUCCCUUUGCACGUGACUACUCACCAUGGAGACGAGAGAAUGUUGAUCCCCCGGGUGUCAUUCAGCCUAUUACUGAACCUAAUAAAUAUUCGCCUUUCGUACAGCAAAGGCUGGGACAAUAUUCUACACCCACACAAACACCGCCAUCCUCUUUGCAAACUCAUCCGCCUUCUUAUGAAAUUUAUGGUAGCCCUAUGAUAAGUCGUAAAAGAUUUCCUUCAGAACCACCAGUAUCAGGUUCACACGGUUCAACAAGUCCUCAGUUAUUAAUUUCACGAUUUGCUCACCAAUUAAAGCAAGAACCUCUACCUAAAAUAGCUCCAGUUGAGGUGACAAAUCCUAAAGAAUCUGCUAAAAAACGAUUCGCUUCUUAUGUUAGACUAAGACUAGGUGGUGAACGUGCACCUUCACCAGAACCACCACCACGAUUUAGUCGCGGUGAAUCACCUCUCGCUAUACGAAGAAAUUUAAUUGACCAGCCUUCGCCAUCAUUUUCUCGAAGAUAUAUAUCACCGUCACCACCUCAGCCACCACCAAGAAGACUAUCUGAAAGUAAUUCAGUACCUGGCAGUCCUCAGCACGUACGUGCACGACUUCAUUACACACCAGAACCACAAAGAAGGCCUCCGCUUCCAUAACCCACCGUUAUUUUUGCCUCAUAAUAAAUUUAAAUCCACACUAGUGCCAUACAAUUAUCUUAUACUCAAGACUAUUCUGAUAAAUUGCUUAAUUUAUUAUUGAUUAUUCAAUAAUUGUCUAUUUUUAUUUUAUUAAAUAGUCUCGAGUAAAAUAAUUUUUAUAUGCGGUACAAAAUCUAAUAAAACACGCGAUCCCUAGCUCGUCACAUUAUUAAGUAAUGAUAAUUAAUAUUAAAUUAAUUAAAGCACUAAGUACGAAACGUCUGUGUAAUUAGAGAAUUUUACACAUGUUUACAAUGAAUCAGUGACGUUGAUUAGUUAAUGAGUUUUAAUAAUUGCAAUUUCGUAGUCUCGAGUCACGAAAUUUAUGUUUGUUCGUGUAUAUUAAUUUAUUUAUAAUAAUAUGGGAUACUCCAUAUCAAAUUGAACGAUUUUGUGCCUUUAGAUUUUUUAUUUGUCUAAAAAUUAAU